AUGGGACUGAUUGACGGUAAAAUAUUAAAAGCCAAAAUAGAACGCGAGUACACAAACAGUGAAGCAGAAGAACAAGCGGGCUUUAGCGCGGGAAGAUCCGUCGUUGACCAUCUGUUUUGCGUCACCCAGAUUAUCGAGAAAAUGACAGCCUUCAAUAAGGAGAUACAUCUCCUGUUCGUGGAUCUGAAGAAGGCAUGCGAUAGAAUACCGCUAACAAAACUUUGGGAGGCAUUAGACCAGACAAACCUAAGCCUCAACAUAAUAAGAUCAGUGAUAGAACUAGGUAGAAACUGCCACAUUAAAGUCAAGGUCGGCCAAAAAAUGUCCAAUGGAUUUACACCCAACAAAGGACUCAAACAAGAGUGUUCUAAAUAUGGGCAUCCCCUCAACAAUGUAAAGAUAUACACCGUAAGCUUCGCAGAUGACCAAGUCAUAAUGGCGAAAGACUACGACGACGUAGAAUACAUGACGCAAAAACUGAUCGAAGAAUACAAGAAAUGGCAAAGACAAAGUAUAUGUGUAUCGUUGGAGCACAACGCGACCUCCUCUUAG